AAAAAUAAAACUAUAACAAUGUCAAAGGCAAACUUACUUCCUGAGAAUUAUGCUACUUCUAAAGGAAUCCCAGGGAAGAAGAUCUACCAAAGUGAGAAGAUGAAGCCAAGCAUUUCUAAUAGCUUUAUUAAGAAUCAGACAGCUCAGAUGAAGAAUGCGGGACAUACCAAAGGCUAUCAAUUUACUAUGGGGAAUAAUCAUAAUAAGAAAGCCAGCGAGAUCAGAAGCCAGAUGGAGUCCUCUCUGGCUCUACCCAAAAUAGGAAAACAGUUCGAGUUCAAAGCCAAAAGAAGAAAAUUCGAAAGUCGUAAGAAGGACUUUCACCUCCAAAGAAGAGAAAAAUCAGCUAUACAGAAAAUCUCAAUGGAAGGUCUCUCAUAUCAAAAAUAAGCAGGAUUCCAGCACAAGGAAUGAUGGAGCCCAGGUCUUAGAGAGGGACCAGAAUAAUUUUUGAGAUGAUGAACCUUAUUCAAGAACUAUUAAAGAUGGGAAAAUAGAGUACAAUACUAAAAUAAGAAACGAAAAAUCAAAAUGUGCUCCUAAGCUAGCAAAAAUAUCAAAAGUUAUAAGCUCAUCAAAGAAAGGCGUAAGGGAUAGGGAAAUGUCUCCGGAUUCCAGAAAAGUAGCCUCCUUAAUGAACAGCUCUUCAUCAUACAAAAGAAGAUCAACUCAGAGUUCACAAGCUAAGAAGAUCAAAGAUCCUAAGGAGUCUGACAAGAAUAUUGGCAAGGAUGGAGAUAUGAACUCCAAGAAAAACAAUCCUGAUAAAAUACUUGAUAGCAUAAUCCAGUCAAGAUGUUUGACCAAGGAUCGAGAUAUGGUAGAAACCGAGAAAGACAAAAUCAACUCUUGUAAAAUGAAUAAGUUCAAGAAAUUAGCCUCAAAGGAUGAUUAUGGGGAUACUCAAGUUAUGACCCACCAGAACUACUCUAGAAAAGGAUCAAGAAUCCGUAAAUCUCUCUCUUCUAGUGCACAAAAGAGAGAAAAACUAUAAAAGAUAAUUCAAGUAAAGAAGAAAACAAAGAUUCGAAAAUUGAUG